ACAAAGUGUGACAUUAUAACAUUAGGAGGCUCAGUAGUGGGAAGAGUACAUUAAUGGAAGCUGAAAGGGGAGGGAGAAGGAGGCAUUUGAACAGAGCUCCAAAGGAAGUGAAGGAACAAGCCGCAAGGCUGCCGUGAGAAUGUUCUAGAACAUUCUGGAACAUUCUGGAACAUUCUGGUCGGAGCGGAGGCCCUGAGGGGGAGCAGGGAUGAAGCACAGUGAGAGGAGUGACCAGAUGGAGAAGCCGGGGGACCCUCGGAGAGCCCAGUCUUUGGACAGGUCGCACACCCCCAGGAAGGACUCAGAGUCGACCGGCUGCCAGUGCCUCUCACUGCCUGGCACGCCCUGCAGGAAGGCGCCCCGCCGGGCCAUCAGCGACGGGGCCGGAUGUGCCCAGAGCCCCAGCCCAUCUUCAGGGGCUCAGGGCACUGGGGCUGCUGCAGCCCACACUCUGGAGGAGAUGAGGGGGUUUGUCCUCAGUGAGCAGAGGCAUCCACCAGACACCAAGAAGGACAAGGCCCAGAGGCAGGCCCAGCAGGGCUGGCUGAAGACCAUGCUGAACUUCUUCCUGAGGACAGGCUUUGAGGAGCCCAAAGACAAGGCCAGCAGGAGACCAAAGGGGAAGGAAGAACCCCCACAGCCCCCAGAGGCAGCUGAGGAGCUGGUCCUCAGGAAGAAAGCCCAGGACAAGAAGACCGGCCACAAAAAAUGUGGUCACAGAAAGCAUGGUGCUGAGGAAGCCAAGGGAAACCACCACCGGGACGCAGGAGGCCACCGGGCCCGGCUGCCCAAGAUGGCUGCCGCCUCGCACUCUGAGGAAGCCGAAGGGGGCCCAGUUUGCAGGGGUGAGCAGACUGGCAGUCCCUGGGGUGAUGCACCGUCCCAGCCUGAGGGCCAGGGUGCCCCCGACAGAGGGAAGGUGACCAGUGGGGGCCUUCGUCUGAAGCAGAGCAGCACCUCAGCCCAGUGCGCGAGGCCAAACACUUGGAGGUCCCACUGCCCAGUGGCCGUGUGGCUGGGACUGGGGGCCUUGACACAGCUCCGCCAGUGCACGUUCCCGGGUGAGUAUGAGCAGGUGGCUGCCCCACGGAGCCUUGGUUCACGGGCGAUCUGGUCCCCAGCGCCUUCCCAGCCGACAUCCCGUGUCCUGGGUGAGGGUCCCAGCCGCACGGAGGACACAGAGCUCUGCCCCGCAGCGGAGCUCGCUAACUGGCCAGGCCAGUGCCUGUGGCGCUUGAAUUCUGUGCUGCUUUCUCGUGCAGAUGGACAGGCUGAAGAGUGUCGCCCAGACACACACACGCCCCCUCCGUGUGUUCCUGGUGGACUCGAUCCCAGCUCUGCAGGGGCCCGGGCUGGGCUCUCGAAUGUCUCUCCCCAAGCCCAAGCCACAGGGCCCCGGCCAGAGGAGGAGCCCAGGACGCCCGACCAGGAAGCUGUCAUUCAGAUGACCGUGGAACUCCUCAAGAAAGUGGGGGACCAGUGGGAGGACGAGCUUCAAGCCCCCCAGCCAGAAGCUCUGCUGCAAAACCCAGCCCCAGCCUGCAGGAGGAAGUCCCAGGAGAAAAUGCCCGGCCGCGUCAAGAGAGCCUUUUCCCUGAAGAAGUGCGGCCCGGAGGAGCCCAGGCGAGCGCGUGCUGCCCAUGUGCCCAGCCCUGAGGCCCGGCCGCCCAAGAGGCCCAGCUUCCUGCCCCUGUGCAUCCGUGGCCCCUGGCUCUCCACCUCCAGCAGCCCCGGUGAGCUGGGUCUGGCGGUUGCCAUAGCAACACUGCAUUCUCUGGCGCCUUCUGGGCGGGGACUGGACUGGCCGCACUCAGCCCGGAGAAGGGCCGGUGACCUCCCCACACUGUCCCUGAGGCCAGGCCGCCCACGGGGAAUCGUGGGGACUGUGAUCAGGAGCCCCAGCCACCCCACCCCUCAGCACCCGCGGCCCUGUCCUACAGGUGUGCGAGGGCCGUUGUCCCCUUUCCCUGCCACACUUCCACGUCCCGUGGUCCUCACUGCCGUCUUAGGAAGCAGGUUCUUAUCCCAUCUUCCACAUGAGGCGGCUGAGGCCUGGGGAGGUGGUGGAGCCCGAGCCGGGGAGAAGGGGUCACAGGGGGAGGUGGUCCUGGCCAGGGGACACGACGUCCAGGGCAGAGGUCCAGGUGCGCGGAGAGGGACAGGCACCUGCUCUUCACCUGCAGGCGGCCCACACCGGGACUGUCGGCUUUCGGGAGGUGAGGUGGGGACACUGACCAGCCCGGCCAUGCAGCAGGGCCUCGGUGUGGUCCAGUCUCGGUGCCCUCCACAGUCAGGGCCGCCCCGCGGACACACCCAGAGCUCGUUCUGCUCGCCAGGCUCUGAAGGACCCGGAGCCCAUGAGGCCCUGUCUGCCGACGGCGAUGGCCCCCGUCCCCUGGAGCUCCCCACCUGCACCAGAUGCCAGGGACCCGAGGAGGGACUGCUGCUGGACAGAGCCUCGGAACCCAACGACUUCAUGCAGAAGAUCCUCGCUCUGCUCCAAGGUGCGGAGGAGCCGGAGGGACAGCAGACUCUGGUGCAGGAGACCGAGGCAGCCGGAGAAAGCCUGGCCCUGGCCUGCAAGAAGAAAUCCCAGGAGAAAAAGCCCAGCAGCCUCCGGAGAGCCUUUUCUCAUAAAAGACACAGCUCCAAGGAGCCCAGGAGAGCGGAGACUGUGGGGGCUGCCACCCCCGAGCCCCGGCCAUCCAAGAGGUCCAGCUUCCUGCCCCUGUGUGUUGGUGGCCCUGGUGAGCAGGUCUGGGGUUACCGAGGUGAUGGGCUUCCCAUCUUGCUUCCUGUCUCUGCUCCGGCUGAGUGGCUGGGGGCUGCGUCCGACCACACUGUCAUGGAGGCUGCCUGGCAUUUAUGGAGUGUCUGCUGUACCCCGCUGUCCCACGGGGGUGUCAUUGGUCCCGUCCUGAGCCCGUGGGGCCUGGCUCCCCGCUCCCCUACUCCCCCCACGGACGGAGGAAGUGAGGCCGGGGCAGUCCUUGCAGUUGCUCACAUUGGUGCUUUUGCCCCAGACGCAGAAGGCCUGGAGCUCCAGGAGCACUCGGCCACAGAAGGGACCACACCUGGGUUCUCGGAAGCAGCCUCGCAGGCCAGGAGUUGUACGCCAGAUGGGGAACCUCAGCCGGAGAGAGCACACGAAUCUAAGGAGCUCGUCAUCUGCAAGCUGGUGGCGCUGCUCCAGGAAGAGGAUGGCGAGCUGGGGAGGCAGAUCCAGAGGCACCCCAGCUUGAAGAGGUGUUUCGAGGAGUUCUCGGACUCCUCCCUGUGGAGGCUGGUGGCCACCCUGCGCAGCCGGAAGGCCGGGCCGCUGGAUGGGGACGGGAGCCUGCUUCCCAAGAGAAUCUUCCCGUUUGCCCUUGGCGUGGGCAGCAAAUACGCCGAGGGUCACAGCCGCACCAUCUGCAGCCUCAUGGGCUCUAGGGGUCACUACGGCCAGCAUGGUGGUGCCCAGUGCCCAUCCAAGGAGGCCCAGCCGGUGAGAGAGGGUGGGAAAGGCGGUGGCAUUGUAGCCCUGGGUUCAGCUGAGAACUUGUGGGAUUCAAUUGAAACCCCACUGCCUCACUAGGGACUCCAUGACCAAUUCUAAACCUUGAGCACUUUUCUCCUUCCCAGAAUGUCACUGAUUUUACUGUGUGGGUAGCAUCUUUUUUUUUUUUUUUUGGUUUUUUGAGACAGGGUCUCACUAUGUCAU